AUGCGCCUUCCUGAGCUGGCGCCUGAGUUAGAGUCCACCCCAGACCGUUUCCUGUGUGUCAUUCACUCUCAGUCUGUCCUCACUUCCCUACAUAAUCUCCCCGGACGACGCCGCAAGUGUGGGCUUCCAGUUGCUGUGGCACCGAUUGAGGACUUGAUCCCUUUGCAGGAGGGGAAGACGUUGGACUGUCCAGACCUGCAGGACGCCACCAAGAUGUCAGAGAGCACGCCAAAGGUCCAAUGGUACUUUGCGAGGCACCUGGUGUGUGGCUGGUAUCCGUUCUGGAACAGCGACAGGGAGCAGAAAGGAAACAGUCUGCAGGUUCACCUCAUGAUGGAACAAUAUCAGGGUUUAUAUUACUGCAGAGUCCAGUACCAGAGGAGGAACCAAACACUCAACUUUACCAGGAGCAUAAACGUCACCGCCAUCUUGCCCCUCUCGCUGCCCAAAGAGCCCAGCAUCAUGAACCCGACAAAUGACCAGAUCUUCACCGUCAAAACAGGCACCGAGGUGCGUCUGGUGUGCAGAGGUCAGCUUCCGUUUGUCCUGGACAAACCCUGGCGGGAGAUCUGGUGGACGGUUGAUGGGAAGACGCUGGACAAACUUCCUGAUCGAUUCAAACAAAUUAACAGGGUGGUGAGAGACCACUUCAGGGACCUGACUAUCGAGAGUAUCCUCGUGAUCCAGGAUUUCCAGUCCCAAGACAUGAAGCGAGAGUUUUACUGCUCCGUGAAGAACGAGCGAGGCUUCGAUACACGCAGAGCUCAGCUGGAGGAGGAAGUGUCGCUGCCCACCGUGGAGCUGGGCUGCGGCCUCGGCGUCACUCUGCUCCUCAUGCUCAUCCUCUUUGUGGUUUAUCACGCCUUCUGGCUGGAGCUGCUGCUGCUCUAUCGCUCCUGGUUCGGCACAGACGAGCGGCACACAGAUGAUAAGGAGUUCGACGUGUACAUUUCCUAUGCGAGGAACAGCGAGGAGGAGCAGUUUGUUCUGUUGACGCUGCGCAGAGUCCUGGAGAACGAGCUCGGGUACUCGGUGUGCAUCUUCGACCGAGACAGCCUGCCCGGUGGGACCAUCACAGAUGAGACUCUGAGUUUCGUGGCUCGCAGCAGGCGCCUCCUGGUGGUUGUCAGCCCCGGCUACGCCUCGCAGGGCUCCCAGGCUCUGCUGGAACUCAAGGCCGGCAUUGACACCAUGGCACUAGCCGGGCACCUGCGGGUGAUCCUGGUCCAGUACAAGCCGGUCCGGAGGAAGGGUUGGGUCAGGGAGCUGAGGCGGGCCCGGGUGGCCCUGGCGCUGGUUCGAUGGCAGGGGGACAAGUCCAGAGAGCUGUCGUCACGCUUCUGGAAGAGGCUGAGGGUGGAGUUGCCCGUGAGGAGGGUUAGCAGCCGAGGGGAGGACGAAGAAGAGAGCAAGGAGGUGGCGCUGAUGAGACUUCACAGUCAGAACAGUACAAACUCCCAAACGGGCUCAUCAGCAACACCAUCAAAGACCACCAUGAAAGUCCUGAACUCUGCAGCGUAA